AUUCCUAGUGAGAGGACAUGCGUCAAAGUUCCUUUAACUAGUGCUGGCAUCGCCGCUGCCAAAAUACUCCAAAACGAUGGUAUCGACACUCUCGGCACUGGUCUGUUCAACAUCUUUCAAGCCGCCGCAGCCUCUCAAGUGGGACAGUACGCCGUCAGCAUGUACUUCAAUAGUCCGAAGGCGUGGUUUGACGCAGCCGAAUGGGCUGAUGUCCCGCAACCAGCGACGGAACACCCUAUGGCCUCUCGGCACGCUCGAUUGAGGUUACUGUAUGACUACCUGGAGGAAAGUACUGGACAGAAGCAGCCUCAGAUCAAAACGGCCUCAUGCGUGUCUGCUCGCGAAUGUCUAGCCUUAUACGAGCUUGGCGCUCAUCAUCUCACUCUAAACAAACCGACACUCGAAGACCUGCUCGUCUGUGGCGAUGUACCGGAAUAUAAGAAGGGACUAUGGAAAAUCCCCAUUCGUAAACAGAUGGAAGAUCACGAUUUCACAUGGGAAAAAUGGGAAGCUCCUCUUCACGAUCAAGUCAAAUUGUCACUCGUUGAGGUGGCGAAGGUGGACCCUCAGAGUGCCGUUCAAGAGGAAGAUUGGAUCAAAGAAGUUAUAAGCAUCGAUUAUUUGGAAUCGGGUGCGUUGGACAAGAUUAACGAGUUGGAUGCUGUCACGAAGGAGUACCUCGGCUUUUCGCUGGAUGUGUUCAGCAAGCUGGAAGCUCAGAGUAAGGAGUUUCUGGAGAAAAAGAUGGCUCAGGUAAUGUAG